UUCGUUAAUUCUGAUGCUUCCUCCUCCUCCUCCUCCUCCAUAUUUUUAAGAAAAAGUCAAAUAUAUCCCAUUCUUAUUUUUAUAUAAUAUUUUCCAGCCUCCCCCUCAAAUAUCUAAGUCUCUCUCUCUUCGUUUCUCCAGCUCCCUGAGACCAUCCAACCUUACCUGGAAUAAUCUCAGAGAAGCUCAAAUAUAAGCAUUUCUGAUAGUUUUCUGUUUUCCUUUCGAUUCCCUUAUAAUAAACUUGUUAAUUUUCUCUUUCUGGACAACCGGUCUGCUUCUGGUUCUGUUUGGAAUCAAUAUAUAUACCCUUAAAGUAUAUUUGAUUGAAUCAUGGACUCCGAGUUCUGGACCUCCCGCCUCGCCGCCGCGAAACGUCAGUACACCUUGCAGCACCAUCACCAGAGCUCCCACUUUGAUCGCCUGAGCAUGGAUGACUUCGAGGUGGAAGACGAGGUCCGACCCGACUUCCCGUGCCCGUAUUGCUACGAAGACUUCGACAUCGCGUCCUUGUGUUCGCACCUCGAGGACGAGCACCCGUGCGAAUCUAGAGUCACCGUUUGUCCCAUUUGCUCGAUUAAAGUUUCACGGGACAUGUUAAGUCAUAUUACACUGCAACAUGGGCACUUGUUCAAGUUGCAGAGACGUCGCAGAUUACGUAGAGUUGCUAUUCCUAAUAGUCAAGCACUGUCUCUCCUUGGCCGGGAUCUUCGUGAGGCUCAUCUCCAGGUGCUUUUAGGGAGUGGGGGAUAUCGAUCAGAAAAUGCUAAUGUGUCUAAUGCAGCCACCGAUCCAUUCUUGUCAUCGCUUAUUUUAAAUUUCCCUGCAUCAGGAGCAGAUGAAAUUUCAAAAUCUGUGGUAACAACUGCUGAGGACACUCCUUCAAAGUAUGUGGCGCCAUCACAUAUUUGGAAAUCAAGUUUUGAUCCUUCCUUGAGUCAUGAAGAGCGGGAGAAAAGGAUUCAACAAGCUACUGGGAGAGCUGGUUUUGUGCAAGAUCUGUUUCUCUCCACGAUGUUAAGUGACUAAUGGAGACAGUAAGUCUUUUUUAAUAAAAAUGACUUGCUCAAGAUCGUAUUAAGGGUUACAUUGUUUGGUGGGAUUUAAUGGUUUUACCUUCGAAAACAACCCUUUAUAUGCUCCUAUGAGUGCUUGGUGCCUUGGUUGGAAUAACUUGUCUUUAUUAGAUCCUUGCAAAAGAAACAUUUAUAUUCUUUAGUUAAUGAAGAAUAAUAAAUUAACACAUUAUAGCUUAAGCAGCCAUGUACAUUGUAAUCUGGUGAAUGUGAUAUUUAGCGUGUAGCAAGUGCCUUAAUUGGUUCCGAAUGAAGGAAAAUGAAAGAUGUUUCCCUAGA